UACUUCCAUCGGGGUGCGCCGCACGGGCUUGUGUACGAUGGAGCUGCGUGUUGGUAAUAAGUACCGGCUAGGACGGAAAAUCGGGAGCGGCUCCUUUGGCGACAUUUACCUAGGUACCAAUAUUUCUACGGGUGAGGAAGUCGCUAUCAAGUUAGAAUGCAUAAAAACACGACAUCCGCAGCUGCACAUAGAGUCCAAGUUUUACAAGAUGAUGCAAGGAGGUGUUGGAAUACCAACCAUAAAAUGGUGUGGUUCGGAAGGUGACUAUAAUGUGAUGGUGAUGGAGUUACUUGGACCAUCACUGGAAGAUUUAUUUAAUUUUUGUUCGAGACGUUUUUCUUUGAAAACAGUUCUACUCCUUGCCGAUCAAUUGAUAAGUAGAACAGAUUAUAUUCACAGUCGCAACUUCAUUCAUCGUGAUAUUAAGCCAGACAACUUUCUGAUGGGUUUGGGAAAAAAGGGAAACCUCGUCUACAUUAUAGAUUUCGGAUUAGCUAAAAAGUAUCGUGAUGGGCGCACACACAAACACAUACCCUAUCGAGAAAACAAAAAUUUGACGGGAACUGCCAGAUACGCGAGUAUAAAUACGCAUUUAGGAAUUGAGCAAUCACGACGGGACGAUCUUGAAUCUCUAGGCUAUGUCCUCAUGUACUUUAAUAGGGGUAGUUUACCUUGGCAGGGCUUAAAAGCAGCAACCAAAAGACAAAAAUAUGAACGCAUUUCCGAGAAGAAAAUGUCUACUCCUGUAGAAGAGCUUUGCAAAGGUUAUCCUGUGGAGUUUGCGUCGUAUUUAAGGUAUUGUCGAGACUUACGUUUCGAAGAAAGGCCGGAUUAUUCGCAUCUUCGACAACUUUUCCGGACACUGUUCCAUGGUCAAGGCUUUACAUACGAUUAUGUUUUCGAUUGGAAUAUGCUGAAAUUUGGUAAUGCGAGACAACCGACGUUACCUUCUGCACAGCAAGCGCCUAUGCAUUCACAACCGUCUAAUGCUGCGUUACCUUCAGGGACCAACAAUGAUCAGGAACAUCGAUCGAGACCCUACACGCGACAAUGUUUGCCGAAUGCGUCCGUAGCGGCGGUAAGCUCAUCGCUUGGACCGAAUACUGGUAUGCGAACGAUCCGGCAGAAACGCGAGAUGGAUCGUGGCGACCAGGACAAUCAGGACAAGAGUGAUCUUCAAGCAGCGGGUGCGGUUGGACAAGAGCGAAGGAUCAGUAUGCGAUUGCAUCGUAGGGAUACGCUAGUAACUGCAGGAGAAAUGCAGCCCAAGUCCAAAUCAUCAAUAAUAAGACUGGCGCGUGCUGAUGGUGGUGCUCUCGACAUAUACGACGUCCGUGAAAGUGCAGGCGAUGGAAACAACCGCGACAGUUCCAUGCCAAGAGGAUGAAACGAAAGGAUAAAAAGGGAGAAAUUGUUCCUUAGUGCACGUGUCGAAAACGGAAACACGGCGUUGAGGCGAAUUAUAAUAACAAGACGUGGCCAGCAACGUUUCAUCGUGUUUUCAAGACGUAACGAAGCAGCUUCUUAU